GCGCCGGCUACAGACACACACCGCCCCCCUCUACCCCUCCUCUGGCCACUCAUCCCAGUAUGCGGCGCCUAUUCAGAGGUAGGACCGACAAUCUUUUCCCCAGACUAAAAGUGGAGCUCUGUGCUGCAGCUGCUGCUGAAUGAAUGCAGCGUUUCAUGCGUCUACAACCACUCUGAGUGAGACAGAGUGUCAGCGAGACACUGCCGGCAACUGAGAGCCACUGAUCUGAAGAUCAGAACAACGGAUCAGGUGCUGCCUUCGUAUUUCUUGCUCUCUAGUUCUUUCUCCCUCCCUCACCGGGACAUACUGCAAAGAGGGAUUGAAGACAGGAAGGUACUCCACAAGCCUUCCCCAGCUGAAAGUCUUUCUUUUUUGAUUUUGGGUCUCCCUCAGACCUAGAGUAUCCCGCCCAAGACACACAGCGGAAGACUUGACCAGGGACAGACAGACAGGCACAAGUGGGCAGACAUGGAGUCGCAACAAGGUAGAUCGAUCCUGCACAGGUGUGCGAGGUCUGGCGAUGUAGUCCACGCAGGUCUGGUUGUCACACUUCUGAUUGGAGUGUGGUACGCUCAGGCUUUGGAGGUGAAUACAGGGAAGGUCCAUUUCGUAGAAGUGAUGAAUGGAAGUUCAGUGCUCUUACCCUGCACUUACAGCAGCUGCAUCGGCAUUAAAAACCUUUACUUCAACUGGCAGUUCAAGGACAAUGGGACAAUGGUUAAGCUUUGUGAGGCCACUAUCCCAGCAGAAGGAGUAGAACCUAACGUGAAAAUCUAUCAUGAGCGGGUGGAGUUUGUCGGCUCCAGCAAGCACAGUAACAUCUCCAUCUUACUGCACAACGUCACCUUCGAGGACCAGGGAGAGUACAUCUGCUUCGCCCGCAACCCUAAGGAGAAGGAACGCAACCAUAGUGCAAUUUUCACUCUUUAUGUGGUGGACGAAUUGAAAGUGGUGGACAACACAUUGACCUUAAUCAUUGUGUCCGUGCUCGGAGGGGUCAUAGGCCUGAUCAUUCUCAUAAUGGUGGUGAAAGCUGUAGUCAUUGCCGUUCUAAACAAGGUCCAGGAGAAGAAAAGAUGCAAUAUAGUGCCCCCUACAGUAUAACAGUGAAAACAUGGAUUGCCAGAAAAUUUCAUCAAUGGCGGGAAAAGAUAAAGAGUGCCUUGUGAGCUCUUCAGGGAAUGACAAUACAGAAAAUGGCCUCCCGGGAUCCAAAGCAGACAGCAAACCAACACCAAAGGCAUGAAAACAGCAUGUAUGUGUACAUAUAUGAGCAUAUGUAUACAUGCAUAAUUAUAACAGAUUGAAAGAAAGUCAUAACAAUGGACAGUUUUACUAAUUAUCUCAUGAGAAAAAUGCUAUAUAUAAAUAUGUGAAAAUAUAUAUGAAAUAUAUUUUAGACUGUGCUUGAGGAAAUAUAUACGAAGUGCUGCAGGCUGGAUCACACCCUUUGCUGGACAGAAACGGUAUAAAACAUUAUCUUACAGAAAUCAGAGGAUGGGUGACGCUUUGGUGUGCUUGCAUUCUGCUCUAUCUUGUCUGUGAGACACAGCACACACACACUGCCUUCUUCACAAACUGCCAUAUCCUUUCAAUGCUCGACAGCACAAGACCCACAUAACAAAAUGUUCGCGAUAAACUUUUCCAGUGCAACUUUACACAUCUUCACACUGCAUUUCAAAUGAUCCUGAGAUGGAAUCACUCACAAGCCGACAAGUCAGUAACAAAGCAAACACAAACGCCUUUAUGGAAAAAUACUAAACAAUUUACGCAUAAAACCAUGGGUGCCUCUUGAAAUUGGAAUAUGUUUACCACCAAUUCAAGCAGCUGACCAAUUCUGAUUAUUAACCACUCCCGCUAAUUUUACAAGUGAUUAUGAGUCAUAAAGAGCAGGAUGUGAGUGCACCUGAAGGCCAGAAACACACUCUACGCAAUAGCACCCCUUGUGGCAAUGCUGAUAAUACAAGUCAAACUUGCAGUUCAUUAUAAAUUGUAUUCUGACACACUUCGUGUGUGAAAAUGAGGUUGCGUAUAGUAUUUUUCAUGUCUAAAAGCGUUGUCUAAAGGGUCAGAAGGGGGGGGAAAGGACUUACCAGAGAUGCAGAUAAGGGGUGUACAUCCAGGAUCCAGCCAAGCACAGUUUAUUCUAUUAAUUUCUCUUUCAUUUUGUCUGCUUUAGAUAAAACACAGGUGCCUGUAAACGCUUCAAGCUCCACAUGCUUCCUGGGAGCCUUCAAAUGCUAUAUAAAUAAAUUAAUGCUCACAUAAAAAAAAAAAAAAAGAAAAAAAAAAAAAAACACCUUAAAGACAAUCCCCAGAAACCAACUCCCUGUAGAAAAUGAAUGAUCUUCUGAUGCUGCUUUCAACAAAAAUAACCAAUAACUUUUCCUAAUGCAUGUGAACGUUUUAUACAGUACAUCUAGUGUACUAUGUAUCCAUUUCUCCGAAUCGUGUUUUCCUGUCUUUCCUCACGUGAUCUGAACAUGACUGAUCAAUCUGUGCUUGUCGUAUACAACAUUACUAGUUCAUCUUGUAUGUAUCCGACAUACAGGGAUGAAGGGCCACUGUAGUUAAGCUUAUCAUACCAUCCAAACUCCACAGGACAUGAUACCACCAUUGUUGCUAACUGCUAAUGUUGACUUCCGCCAUCUGAACUAGCAAUCUAGCAACUUCUGUGCGUUGAACUGCACCAAUCUUCACAGAUGCUAUGCUAAGAAUACUAUCAUCAAGUGAAAAACUUUUGUGACAAAAUAUAAUUCAUUGUAAUACCUCACAUGCCUCUAAAUGGCUAAUUACAGUUAACAUGUGACUAGCAUUAGCGUGAACCUCUCAAAUCUUCUCAUAAACCCGAUUAGCUUGAUGCUAAUUCAAGAAAACACAAAAUUGGCAGAAAAUACUUGUUCAGUUAGAUGUUAAAGUGAAUUCUGUUUAUCAAAACAAGCCAGUUUUCCAAAUGUUUCAGGAGUUAUUUAAGAUUCAAGUGCCAAAUCAGAACUGCUAGUGGAAUGGUGGGUGAUUUACUGUUGCUUCCAUCUUGUUUUGUUUGUCUUGCUCUUGCCUUUUGUAGUGGAAACCCCAUAAAUGCACAGUUCUCGCUCAUAUCCAUAUCUGGUUUAAGUAUAAAUGUUUUGACGAAUUCAUAACAUGUGAUGAAUGUCACUUUGCGAUUACUCUGCAAAAAUGCAAUGAAACCCUCACUAGUCUUCCGCCAUAACCCAAAGAUGAAUGUACGCAGUGGUUGUAGUUAUGGCAAAGUUCAGAGGGGUUGUUUCUGGGCACUUUAUUCAUUAAGAUACAGGCUACGUGUUUUGAAUGCGCAUUAUAUAUGUAGAGUCGAAGAGCGAUGUAGAAUUUAUUGCAGAAUAUUUGAAUAUGUAGUUGCAGUGGUGAUAUUAAGAAUAGCAGAACAGGAAUGAUUUGUCUCUUUGAAUGGUUGUAUCUCUUAUAUGUGCACAUAUUAGCAGUCUUCCAAAUCACUUGACUCUCUUUUAGAAAUCAGGGGCUUUGGCAAUCUCAACUGUUUGGGAUGCUUUUGACAGAGCGGUAUGAAAUCCAAGUAUUUAUUGCCAGUUUUCAUUUAAUCCCUUUAAAUUGUGUCCAUAAAUGUGUGUCAAAAUCAGCCAUGAUUUGGAGAAAGGGUUUGGUGCCGCUCUGUCUGUCAGAUGCACUGUACAGUCACGUGAUUAGCUUGUCCUAACUGUUGUUGAACUGUUCACAUGGCCUCUUUGAUUCAUUUAUGGCUGAAUUUUUUAACAUGUUAUGCUUCUUACAGCUUGUUGCCUUUUGUCAUUUUCAGCUAGUGUGGAUUAAACGAUCACAUAAACAAGGGGAUUACGUAGAUCAGCAAUACUGUAAAAAAAAAAAAAAGAAAGGAAAAUUAAAAAAAAAAAAAGAAAAAAAAAGAAAACAUGACUGUAUAGGCUCCCAAGGAUGGACUUUAGUAGAGCUUCAUUUUUAUUAUUUAGCUAUUUUAAGCUAUUAUGUUAACCCGAUUCCUGUUCUGCUCAUUUUUUUGUGACUUUGUAUAUGUAUUUUUUUUCAUAACUAUUUUGCAUUUAUUUAAAUCAGAUACUUAUUGAUUGGUAUAGUAUGGUGGUUCUCAACUGAUUUUGCUUUUCAUUGGACAUCAAGCGGCAUAAGAAAUAAUGCUUAUUGUACAAAAGUAAACAAUAAUGUCUUCAGAAUCAUAUUUCCAUGAACUGCAAAAAUCCAAAUGCAGUGUUUAAUGUAGUUUUGUUCACGGUUUUCGAGGUCACAUAACCUGUCGGUGUUAGAAUCUGUCUAAUUUGACUAGCUUCUACCAAGUGGCAGGUAAAGAUGUGUCAAAAUACCACAAAAUUAUUUUUCUUUUCUUCCUAAUUUUAACCUAACCUCAUUAUUUGGCUAUUUUGUAGCCAUUUUGUAUUUAUAUAAAGUAGUACCGGACCUGUGAUCCGUUUAGCAGACAGUUGAGAGCCACUGGUAUAGUGCGUAGCUGUAUAGACACACAGAUACUGUAUGUAGGCUCUUGGUUUGGCUGCUUAUGUCUGCUGAAAUGGUUGUCUCAGCUCAGCCAAAUCUGGGUUCGGUUAGUAAUGUCUUAGCAGGCUGCAUAGCUGCAGUGUUGCAGUGCAGCACUGAGCCAUGAAUCUGCACACGUCAUGCAAGCUGCGGCUCUCUCUGGAUCUGAAGGGCUAUAGCAGGGAAAACUGAAGGGAAAUGUCUGAUUUAUAUCAUAAAAUAGGCAUACUCAUCCACACAGGCCAAAAUAUUAUGUGCUAUCAAGUUCUUUACACUGAAAAGCUGUAUAAAUGUAACUACAAUGCAUGUCACAUACUUACAGCUAAGGUAAAUAUACAUUUUCAGGCAGGCUGCUUGAUCUCGGUAGAAAGAAAAUAUGGGAUUUGGAAUAUAAAAUGUGCUUUAUAUGCACAAUGUUUCCUCUGUAUUUUGCAGUGAGAAUUUGUUCUACUUACUGUACGUGGGAUGUCCAAAACCACUUGCACUGUUUUAAAAUUCUUGUACUUAUAUUCAUUUGAGAGUUUGGCGCUCUUCGAUCUGAUGAUCUGAUCCUAUUCGGAAACAGAUUGUGAUUUUGUAAAGUAGACUUACAAAAUAAUGGAUUUCCAAAAACAAAAAAACAACAACUGGAUUUCACUGCCUGGGUGACUCGCUCUCACUGCCAAGCCAAGAGAGUGUGAGGACUGCUAUGUGCUCCAACACAUUCCAAGACGCUCUGUCUCCCUCUAGUGGAUUUUAAGACUUCCAACAUUUUUAAAUGAAUCAAUAUUUCAGUCACACUGGCUAUGUUUGGAAUGGCAAAUAAGCAGUGUUGGGGGUAACGCGAGUUCAAAUCAGAUUACCUUUUUCAAGUAACUAGUAAAGUAACGCAUUACUUUUAAAUUUACAACAAAAUAUCUGAGUUACUUUUUCAAAUAAGUAAUGCAAGUUACUUUGUUUUCCCAUGCAUUGACUGACACCUCUUCUGUCCCCAUGUUGAGAGAAAUCAGGAAAUUGCAGAAGCAUUGUGUGCGCUGUUUGAACAUGAUGGUUACUGUAGUUUAGUUAAACAUGACAUUUGUGGGGUUUUUUUCUUCUUUUUUUUACUGCUGAAGUAAGAGUAUUGAACUUUCUUUCAAUAGGGUCAGCACAGCUGAAAGGUUUGCUCUCUACUGGACAGGCGUGAAUUUGCAUUUCCUUUAGCCUGAGGCUUAUUCAUUUCACUUUUGGCUGAAAGGGCUUUUACAGUUGCCAAAAAUAGAACAUUUGAGGGUUUUUUAAUUAAAAAACAAACAAGUCAGCCCAGACCAGGUGAGAAAAAGUAACGCAAUGUAAUGUAAUGUUUCCAUAAAAAGUAACUAAGUAACUUUUUUGGGAGUAACACAAUAUUGUAAUGCAUUACCUUUUAAAGUAACUUUCCCCAACACUGCAAAUAAGUUUACUGCUUACUGCAUACUGCGCAGUAUACAUUGAAUACUGUAUGCUUUUUUUUAAAUAGUAUGCAAAACAGUAUGCAUUAUGCUUCAGUUGUCACAUGACUUCACUAAAUGGCAUCCAGUUAUCAUCUAUAUUUUUCAUUUUUAAAUCAAAUUUUGUGCAAAAAUGAAUAGAAAUAAUCCAGGAAUCCACUGGAAAUGGAAGGUCAUGUUGCGUGCAGUGCGUUGUGGGAUACCAAUUUUACUGUUAUUUAUAUACUAUUAUUAAAUUUUGAAUUAAUUUAAUUUUCAAUUUUCAUUUUGAUUUGAGAUUUUAGUAAUGUUGUCAUUUUUAUUUUUUAAAAAACAUUAGCUUUAUUUUUAUUUCAGUUUUAGUACUUCAGUUUACUGUAAAUUCAUUUCAGUUAUUUGCCAAAUCAACAUUACUGUUUUUAAGUUUUAGUUUUUCAUAUAAUAUUUAUAUUUUAUUUUAUUUCAGUUUCAUUUACUGUAAAUGAUUUUUAAUAGUUUUAACAAUAACAACACAUGCAUACUGAAAAUGUAAGCAAAUGUUGUAGGAAUUACAUGCAUUUUGAGAACCGCAUAUUGCAUACUGUAAAAAUAGUACUAGUGGUAUGCUAGCAUGCUAAUCCAAACCUAGCCAUUGUAUAAGGACAUAUGUAGAGUUUUAAAGUUUAUAUUUUACUGAUGUGCACAUGUAUUCUUUGUGCACUAAAUAGACUAGACAAAUUUAAGAUAUUUUAUUCCUAUACGUAAUCCAAGACAACAGCCUAAAGGAUACAACUUUCAAAGCUACUUAAACACAAGCCCUGCUGUACCACCCAUCAGCGCACCCAGGAGAACGUUCAUUUCGUUUUAACUCUCUCUUCUGUAUGUUUAUAAAGGAACUGGCUAAACAAAAGGUAAAAAGGUCUGAAUUAAUAGCAUUUGAAUAAUAGUUUUGUGAUUACCGGCUCUGACUGAGCACUUUAAACGCUUACAGACACACUUCAUGUACUCAGAAAAAAGAGAAAAAAUUUUAAGAAAUAUAUGUAUGUACAGCUUUUGUCUCUAAAUUUCCCUUUGUACAAACAUCUGUCAUAUUCCCUUGUCAUAACUAUGCACCUCAGUAGAUUUCUCUGGAUUGUAAAGAAUAAACUAAUAAACUAAUAAAUAUAUCACUAUGCGAAAUAAAGGUUUGCAAAAAAAAUA